AUGCAACUUCGAUUGGUUUGUAAGCAAUGGAACUUAAAACUUCCAAAAAUUCCUGAUGGCAACAAAGUUAAACUUCCAAAGAUUCCUGAUGGCAACAAAGUUCCGUGGCUGGUACUAUCUAUGGGCAGUGCUGCUACAGAAUCUUUUGAAGAAGAAGCUCAUGCUCUUGAAGAAGUUCGUGCUCCCGAAGAUGAAGGAAUUCUUGACACUCGUAGUCUCGAAGAGAAGGGAAUUUACCACCUCAUGUUACCAGAUAUGCAAGACAACAUCAUGUGUGGUUCUUGUCAUGGAUGGCUGAUCAUCGUAAUGGUACAUGAAGGUACGAUAAGAAUCCUAAAUCCAUCUACAAAGGUUCACUUGGAUCUUCCUCCAGUUUCAACUCUUCCAAAUAUAAUUAAUAUUGAUGGGGAUGAAUGUACUAUGUAUUGUGGGGACAAAAUUAUCACUAGAAAUAUUAUUUUCAUGCAUCAAAGCCAAAUUUGGAAGGCUAUUAUAAAUUCAGCUCCUAACAAUGACAAUGACAAUGACAGUGAUUUUAUAGCAGUGGUCAUAUAUGGAUUAUUCCUAGAAUUGGCCUUUUACAUGCCCAACAAUAAGAGAUGGAUUAGAUUUCCAGCAAGAGAUUUAGACGACGUUCGUGAUGUCAUAUUUUUUCAAGAGAAAAUAUUUGCAAUAGACGGUAAUGGCCAACUAUAUGAAUUUGAUACAAGAACAAAGUCAGGACCAGUGGGAGGAAAACAUGAAGCCACACCACCUCCAUCCGAUGGAAUGUAUAAUUGUUAUUACUAUCUAAUUGGAGGUGAUAAUGGAAGUUUAUUGAUGCUGGUAAAAGGAGAAAGAUAUAGGUAUUACAUGAAUCAAAAGCGGUUCUGCGAGUGCGAAACGGUCAAAUUUGAUAUCUAUGAAUUGAAGAAAAAUGAGAAAACAUGGUCAAGAAUACACAGUUUGGGGAAUUACAUACAGAAGGGUAUUUACAAAUUUGAUUAA